GUUUGACAAUUGACAUUCUGUUAUGUGAUUGACAUAUUCUGUCAUUUACAAGAUUUUUAGCAAAUAUUUGUUAUAUGUAGCAAAUAAAUCAAUUAAUAAAACAUUAGCCGCAUUCCUAAACUCUAAGAAAAAAAUGGAGAAGCUGUCGUCUGUAACAAUAAAACCCCUGGAGAAGUCAAUUUACCUAAAACCUUACACAAUGCAUUUCACACAAAACGGUACGAAAAGAACCUGGGAUUUGUUAAGGGUUCAUGAUAGUGUGGCCAUUUUAAUAUUCAACGUAACUAGAAAUAAGUUAGUUUUUGUGAAACAAUUUCGACCGGCUGUGUAUUUUGGAAGCAUUCCAGAACAAGAAUCACAAGGAGACAUAGACGUACAAAAAUAUCCUGCUGAAAUUGGUGCAACUAUUGAAUUAUGUGCAGGAAUUGUGGAUAAAGCUUUACCUUUGGAAGACAUCGCAUGUGAAGAAGUGUUUGAAGAAUGUGGAUACCAUGUGAAGCCUUCCAUGUUAGAAAAAAUCAGUUCAUACAGGUCUGGAGUUGGCUCGCAAGGAUCUUUGCAAACUGCUUAUUAUUGUGAGGUUACAGAUGAUAUGAGGGUAUCAUCGGGAGGUGGAGUAGAUGAUGAAAUUAUAGAAGUCAUUGAAAUGUCAGUGGAUGAAAUGAAAGAGUACAUUUCUGGUCAUAACAUUAAAAGCCCACCAAGUUUUAUGUUUGGCAUGUACUGGUUUUUACAUAAUAAAUGUAAAAAAUAGGUUUUAUUUUAUUAAUUUUUAAUAUGUGAUACUUUUUAGGUAUUUAAGUUAAAUAACCAAAAAUUGUUUCAUUCCUUUGACUUAUGCUGGGUUUUAUUAAUAAUUUGUCAUAUGCUAACUAAAGAAUUCUAAGCCCAAAAUAUGAAGAUUUUAUCUAAAACAAUGAGGUACAGAGGGUUUUAAAAAGAGAUAUUUUAAAAUUACGUAAUAUUUCUUUACCAUAGUUUUUGUGCUUAAAUUAUUAGUCUUGAAACACUAUCUACCAAAUAUGGUAAAGAAAUAUGUAAUUUUAAAAUUAUUUUUUUGUAACUACUUGUAUUUCAGUAAGGAGGCAUCUUUAGUGUUUUGGGUUAAAUUUUUAUAUUUUUUAUAGUUAAAAUUUUA